AUGGCAGAUGCAUUCAUCCAGCGGCGGGCUUCUUUGAGGACUAACCUACUCCGAGGGUUCAUACAAAGGCUCACCUUGCGAGGCCCAGACCCUGACCCUGAUGAGAGCACAACUCAAGAGCCAGUGACAUCUCCGACGGCAACAGGAUUCCCUGUGUGCUUCGCCGUCGAUGUAUCCGGUAGUACAGAAGGAUGGGUCCUGGGGAUGGAGCAGGAAGCCAUUAUCGCAAUCAGCACUGCCCUCGGCAAAACCACACAAUAUUCGAUGAGCCGGUCAUCGAUUCUCCCGUGGAAUGACAAGGCAUACGGCAGACUCCCACUGAAGGACGUAAAAGAUCUUGUCUCGGGUGGAGGUACAGUCCCCGCAGCCAUAUUUCGUGACAGUGUAUACAGAAGCUAUCUCCAACAGGCCGGGCUCUGGGUUCUCAUAACGGAUGGGCAAAUCGACCAAUUCAAUGUCCGAGACUUCUCUAAUUCGAUUCUAGAAGCUGGAGUUCAUGGAACUGCGUGUGUGAUCAUUGCAUUUGGAUACCGAGGAUGGUCCCCUUUUCAAUGCAAUGUUUCUGUGGGAAUAUCCGUGUUUGCUGUUGCGCCGCAUUGCCUAUUCCUCUAUCAUGCUAUCCACGAGAACAAGACCUACGUCAUUCAGGCCAAAGGGUGCUUCAAAGAGCUCCUACCAGAUGAUAAACGUUUCAUCUUGUUCAACGAAUUAACGCGUUGGGAUGAUCUUCACAGCAUCAGAUAUGACGACUUGGCUAGGGUUCGAGUGCCUCAGCCUGCGAAACUAUUGAGAGAUUCUGUCUUACUCCCAAACGGAAAGAUAUUCGAUAUGCGAACGAUAUACAAUAAUAAAGUCUCGAAUGAUGAUACGCUAGAGCUUCUGUCAGAUCCUGCCUCUCUUGAUGUCAUUUUGCUGGCAGCCAAUACUAGAGGGACUGGUUAUCUGAUCGAAGCUUGGCUGGAGAAGAUUUGGAAAAAGCACAGGUUCGCCGCUUCAAGGUCCUUCGAUCGUGAAGAGAUUAUUGAUCGUGAAGAUAUCGGAGGCGUAGGGCUACUUCAGCUCACCACGCUCAUCGUCCACGCUACCAAUGGAGCGGGUGAAGAUAACUUCUGGGACGUGUUGCGAAGCCAAUGCGUGUCUCAAGAUCCAACACUUCAGGACCUGAAAUCAAGUCUUUGCUAUCGGCACCAGCUCAACUGGAACAACUUCCAACUCAACAUCAACGCAAGAUAUCAGCUAUUGUCUAAAAUACAGAAAGACGUUGAUGGUGCCUUGAGUACGAUGUCGCAUAUUGAGAGCGGCAUGUCUGCCCCUUCCCCUGCCUUACUCACACCAAUGUCUUCCCUUCCACGAAACAUGGAACAGAAUGUUGCCUCUUUACAUUCAAUCAGGCCCGGCUCGGAGCAUGAUUGGUCAAGUUUAAGCUGCUCCGUCGGACCUUCCCAUACAGACCGCCUCGGUCCUUUCUCAAAUGAGCCGUCCCCAAUGAUCGUGGGAACUUACGAUGAGCCCAGUCCCCAGGUGGAUAUCAGUACUAUCACAUUUUUGCCUGAGUUCAAGACUCGGGAUGUUUCCGGGAUGUCUGAUUACGAUAUGGACCAUCCGCCUGCCUACGACACUUGUUUGCUCUGCGAUAGACCAGGAUCAAUCCAGACUCUGCUUUUUCAUUCCAGCUCUACAGUACAAUCGACGCGCGGCUUACCGGCUCCGAAUAGUCGUGCAGGACAUAAAUACCCGCUUGUUCUGGGUAAUUAUGCUGAAACAGACGUCAUUGCCCCUAUAGUCACCUGCGACGGCUGCGCUUUUUUGUUCCAACAAGUUAAGCAACUUCCAAAUGGAGGAGGCUCGGUCGCCGCUUGUCUACCAUUGGUCCCUCUUAAAUUGAUUGAGAACCGCUCUAAAUGGAUUGAAGUCCUGAGUGAGGUAUAUGAGCACCGCUUCAGUCAGAAUAUUACCCUGCUCGUCUUUUUGUCUACCCUCUGUUCCACACUCGAGGAUCUCUCGGAGUACAAUGACGACGGUAUCAAGACGGUUCAAGGGUGGUUUGAAUGGGUUUGCAGAGAAAUCAUGAGCCUCCCUGGAUUAGCUGCUCUCGUUGGGCUCACACCUGCCGCGGGGGUUCUUUCUGGGAAAGUGAAGCCAAGCAUGCCUUUGAGAGAUGUGCUUACGAUGAUAUUCUUAUCAACGGGCAGCAACAGCGCAAUGAUAGAGUUGCCGCUUCUUGCCUACCCCAUUCACGGGUUCAUUGUUAUAGUGAGACUCGCUCGGCUAGUCAAGGAUAUAGAAUUGUCGCAAAUUGAGCUUCUCGUAUGGAAAAGACUCUGUUAUUAUCUCAUCGAGCAGCAUGCAGAGAUGCAAACUAGGCUUGGGGUCGAAACCGCCGAUAAAAGUCUGGACGAUUUUCUCUUUGACUCUUCAGUCUUGGACAGUAUCUCACUUCCCGAUACUACGAGACGGGCGCGUUCGGUCUGCCCAGUUGUCAAACUUUUAGACACCCAUCUCCUCCAGCAGGAUAUACUUGACCAGUUCCGGCGUAUAGAUCCCUUUUUCAGCGCCAUCGAAAGUAGCAAGAGUUCUUUCCUAUACGCAUUGGCGGUUUUCUUACAUUUACUCAAUAAUUUUGUGAAAACUGAGUCAGAAAUUACAAAUCCUGCAUUCUGCUUCAGCAGACUUCAGUAUCAAGCAGACAAACUUACAUGGGGUACCGCUUCUAAAGAUGUUUUAGAGAGUCCCAGUCUCGUAACGGAAGAAAUGGGCGCUUUGCUAAUUGGUCAGUGUAUUUCACUGAGUGCGACUUCAAAAGAAUAA